UAAAGUCUCCAGAUGGGGAGCCAAGCAAGGGAAAGCAGCAGCUCCCACAGGGCCAGAUGCAGACUCAGAGGGCAGGUGGAAAGACGCUCUGGCAGGAAGACCGCCCACCAUCAACUAACCCCACCAGCAUGGAGCAAGGCUGGAGAUGUAUCGCUGCCUUUUUGGUCCUGGCACUUUGGGCCUUUGGCUCAUCUCAGGAGGACGCCGGCAACUGGGGGCCUUACUUUAGCAACAAAGUUGCAUUUCUACAGAAAGAGAACCUUUCAUAUCCCAAGUGUUUCACAGAGAAAAUGGAAGAGCUGGCCUGCUUCUGGGAGACAUCCAGACUGACUGAAGAACAAAACUAUCAGAGCACAUACAGCUUUGGCUACAAGUAUGGAGAAGACCAAUACCUAACACUGUGCAAUUUGACUGUGGAAUAUACACCUUGGAACACAACACGUUAUACUUGCUUCUUUCCGCGGGGAGAUGUUUCGGCCUUCGCCCCUAUGGAAGUCAAAGUCUUUGAUGGGAUGAACCAUACCAUAUAUAGCAGAAGAAACCUCUAUGUGGAAAGGCUGAUUUUGUUAGAUCCGCCCUCCAACCUGACAGUGCAGCUGUUGGAGUCGUCGCAAUUGUUGAAUGUGAGCUGGUUGCCACCUCCCGUUACAAAUAUGGACAGCAAUCUGCACUAUGAGGUUUCCAUCUCCCCUGAGGGCUACGAGACCCAGCGGGUUGAGACAACCAUUGGACAGACCUAUCACCUUGUCAACUUGAAAAGUGGCAUUCGCUACACUCUGGCUGUGAGGGCCAAGGCUCGAGGAUCCUACAAUGGCUACUGGAGUGUCUGGUCACAAUCUGUGUCAGUAGUUAUACCCAGCGAUCUGGAUCCCUUCAUCCUGACGUUGUCGCUAAUUCUGGUGUUGAUCGUUCUGUUCUUGAUUUUCAUCACUCUUAUGUCCAAACACAGGUUUUUGAAGCAAAAGAUGUGGCCUGUAAUCCCUUCCCCAGAGCAUGAAUUCAAAGACCUUUUCACUAUUUACAAAGGCAACUUCCAGCUAUGGAUGGGGCAGCAGAGUGCCUAUCUUUGGUGGAGCCAAAAUUCUCCAUAUUUGGAGGAGCAGCCAUUCCUGGUGGAAGUCCUGUCUGACCGUGAUGGCCGGAAAGUGGAUGGCCCUCAUCUCCCUCCUCCACUUCCCCCCAAAAAGCGCAACAAGGUAGAGCGCCCCCAAAUGCCAGAAGUCUCCCAGGAUGAUUACCUAGUCCUGGAUGAAGACCUGCUACCCUGCUGCCUUGGUGUGGAUGGCACCCUGCUCUUGCCGGACAGAGAUGGCAGUGAGAGCCCAGAUCCAGCUCUCGGUGAGAGAACGAGGUCUUGGGAGCCCAGCCAAACAUCCUCCAGCUUUGAGUACACUGUAUUCGAUCCCAGCUCAGAAAGCCUGUGUCCUCAGGGCCAUCCCCAGACAGAUGUCCAACUCAAGAGCAGCUACCAGAUGGUUUCCGACUCUGGGAUUUCAGCUGACUACAGCCUUGCAGAGUCCAGUGCAGGCCAAACAAGCUUAUACACCAACCUCUGUGAUGGAGGCCCACAAUUAUUCCAGCCUGCCUACAUUGUGUGUUCCUAGCAGUGAUGAUGGUGAGCACAGAACCAAGCUACUCGGUCAAGGAGGAAAGAGGCAGUGAGAGAACUGGCCCAUAAGUCUGGCACCCUUUUCCCUCCGUUCACUAGUGUAACAAAUCUCUGGCAAAGCUAGUGGGAACAGCUAGGGGCUGCCUUAGAAGCCCCCGAUAGCUCUGUUGAGAAGAAGAGAGGUUUGCAAACUAGAUGGCGAAGUGAGGGUGAAUGAGCAGUAAAUGCACAGAAGGGCUCGUUUUGGAGGGUACUACUAAUGAUAUGUUUGGUCCAUAAUGAAACUGUGGACCAUCUAACAGUAUGUUAACAUGAAACGCACUGCAACAUCUUUAAUUUGUGCAGACAGUCAAGCGUGUUCUGUAAAGAUGACUGUAUCCCAUAGGUGUCUGUGGGUAUGGUCCAAGAGAUUUUCCAAGACAGAAGGAUUGAGCCAAUCUUAGAAAUUUCUCUGCUGACCGAUGGAUUCUGAGAGUUGUAGUCUCUGAAUGCCAUUUUCUCCAGGUUUAAAGCCUAGAGCCUGCUUGGAAACUUUCACACCAACCAGCUAGUUAACCAACCAACCCUCUACCAUUGGAGGGAACCCCCUUGAGACUAUACGAGUGAGCAGAAAGAUCUUGGCUUUCCUUUAUCUUCAUUUUUGAACUGUACACUUAAUUAAAAUAUAUUUUCAUGCUGUAUUCUAAAACCAAUCCACAAAUGUUGCUUAAGUGUUUGGGCUUGAGAUGGAAGAUCUGAGGAAACAUCUCCAACUCUUGGAAAAACAGAGUGGGGUUCAGGAAGUUGAGAACAUGGAAGCAUUCCUAGAGUCUCAGAAGUUCUGUUUUGUUACCAUUGAAGAUGUGGUUUAGGCAAGCAUACAACUCCCCUGUUGUGACAGCUCUACGGGCUGCCAAUACGUUUCCGAGCACAAUUCAAAGUGCUGAUUUUGACCUACAAAACCCUAUAUGGUUCCAGUCCAGGUUAUCUGAAAGAGUUAUCUGCAUCUCUUUCUACUAUGAACCUGGGAGACAUCUACAAUCUACUGGGGAGGGCCUUCUCUCAAUCCCACCACCCAUUCAAGCACGCUUGGAGGUAACAUGGGAGAGGGCCUUUUUGGUGGCUGCUUCCAGGCUGUGGAACUCCUUUCCAAGAGAAAGCAGAAUGGCUUUUGUUUUUAACUUUUGUAUUGCUCUUUUUAAACUGUUUAGUGUGGAUAGAUGUUAGCCGCCUUGUGUCCCCAUGGGGAGAAAGGCGGGAUAUAAAUAAAGACUAUGAUGAUGAUAAUAAUCUCAUCUGUAGAAUGAGGACAGAAUGAGAAAAAAUACUGAUUCGCAUAGUAAAGGGCUGUCUGUUUGAAUCAGCACAGUAGCUCUGGAAAAAAAAAACCUCCAGACAUUAAGAGAAUUGUAUUAGUACUUUGCCUGCUGUUCACUGCCAUACACUGGACUAUUAGUAAAAGCUGUGAAGAUUACUGUUAUUUGUCCAUCUUGGAGUGACUUGUGAUGUUCACAGUCUUCUGAUAACACUGGACGAAACUUUGAACUUUUCCUUCUGCUUUUGAACUGUCUUUCAGACCCAACACGAAACAAAUGGAAUGAAACUGCACUUGUUUGAGCAAUAGGAUUACAAUUUAAUUUUUCACAAGUAGGUCUAUAUACAAUUGUUGUUUUUAAAAUUAUGAGUCAGGAUUCAGACAGGAAUUGUAAAUAUUUUUAUAAACAUUUUAUUACGUUUUUAAAAAAAUAAAUACAAAUUUUGUUGACAAA